AUGUCUUCUCAGGGUUCCUUGGCAAAAAAUGAUAUUGAAAAAAAUUUAUAUCCACAUUCAAUAGUUUGGACACCUAUUCCUAUUCUCACGUGGUUCAUACCCUGCUUAGGACACAUGGGAAUAUGCACAACUAAUGGAAUAAUUAGGGAUUUUGCUGGACCAUAUUAUGUAUCCGAAAAUCAUAUGGCUUUUGGCAAUCCAACCAAGUUUUGGCAAAUGGACUUGAUGUAUAUUCCAGCCUCAUCAAAUUUAAGGGAAACAUGGGAUCGGGGAGUUUAUGAGGCUUCAGAAGUCUACAAGGGUCGGAUGCACAAUCUGUUUUGUGACAAUUGUCAUUCACAUGUGGCUAUGGCGCUUAAUGAGAUGAGAUAUAAAAAUAAGUCAAAUUGGAACAUGGUCAGUGUUUGGUUUGCAUUCACAAGACAUAGUAGAUACGUCAGUUUUGGCCGACUUAUAAAGACAUGGAUUCCUUUCAUCAUUAUAAUGUCGAUCAUAGUCACAAUUGCUCUUGUUGCUAAUUUUAAAAAAUUUUAA